UUCCUCCCUCGAACAUUGUGUCCCGUUGGGUCAACAUGCAUUGGGAUUGGUCGAUUUGCGGGCCACCUAAGAUGUGUAACUCUUGUGCAAGUUAAUCCACGGAGAAAUUAUGCGGAACAUCAAUCUCCGGACAAGUCCCAAAUCGGCCAACCAGGCAUGUACGGGGGAGCCCUACCAAGUGGGAUUGAGAUGCUGCUACGAUGGUGGCAUCGAUUGCGGCCAUGGAAGGAAGAGUUGGCUGACCUCCGGCGGCGGAUAAUACGAAACAAAGAGGGUUUUGAUCCUCCCGUUCCCAAUUUGACGCGUUAUUUUGUCCGCUUUCCGUUUCUCACUGACGCGGAAUUCACACAGUGGCGCGUAACCACCGACCAGCAAUUGGGCGUUGGCCAUUCCUGGGCCGAGUUUGUACGCUCAUCUCGAUCGGCCCCCGGAUGUGCCGUUCCAUUAGGUGUAGACGGCACUUUUGCACCAAUGCUCGAUGAAUCACCUGGCGAGGAAAAUGCUGAUCAUCCUUUUGCAUACACAUAUCCUCCCACCUAUCCCAAACGUGGCCCACUUCCGGGCAGUAAGCAGGCAGCCUCAGAUGCUUUGGUGUCCUCCGCAACGGAUCGGAAUUUUCGAGGAUACGGUCUCUUUCGGGGCUUCAUUUCGACCCGUGUGCCGGACCGCGGGGAUAUUGUACGGGCAGGAUUCGUCAGCUUAUCUUGUCCCGAAAGCACGAUGUUCGGUUUUCUCAUGCCAUACGCAUUUUUCUCCUACAGUCAUUUGGUUAUCAGGUAUCGUGGAGAUGGACGAAGUUAUCGAAUCAACAUCCUUGUUCGUCCCACCUGGGACUCUCAGUGGUUCGAGACUCAUCAUUUCGUCCUAUACACUCGUGGAGGGCCUUACUGGCAGGUAGCGAAGAUCCCACUGUCGAAGUUUUUCCUCCUCAGCAAAGGUACAGUCCGACUCAGUCAAUUCAAGCUACCACAAAACAACAUCCGGUUGAUGAAUUUCACGUUGAUGGAUGGUGUAGACGGCCCGUUCAGUUUGGAGUUGGACUAUAUCGCAUUGUACAAAGACCCGGAUCACCAUGAAAAAUUUGCCUAUGAACAGUACGAUAGAUCAGGCAUAUUAAAGUGAACAACUUCCUCUUCUGGCUAUCAGCAAAACGAAUUUGUAUUAAACUGCCGUCUUUUUAAAGUAUCCA